AUGAAACAGCUCGUAGUGAAUUUCAAGGCUUCAUGGUGUUUACCUUGUAAAAAGCUAGCACCAAUAUAUCAUGAGCUUGCUUCCACAUACACAUCAAUGAUAUUUGUCACUAUAGACGUCGAAGAGCUCGCUGAGUUUAGUAAUGAAUGGAACGUGGAAGCAACUCCAACAGUAGUGUUCCUCAAGGAUGGGAGGCAAAUGGAUAAACUUGUAGGUGGCGAUGCUGCAGAGCUUCAGAAGAAAACUGCAGCAGCUGCAGAUCUCCUUCUCAGACAAUCUUAACUGUAAUCUAGUUUCCAUGUCGGAAUCUAUACAAAGAAACGGUUUCCAGUAGUUUCAUUGCAGAUUAUGAUAGUAUCACCUGAGAUUUCUGUUGUUAUAGUUUUAAUCUCAA